AGCCUAGUGGACCACGAGAGUUCAAUUGAAAUCGCACACGAGGUUACACCCCGAUCAAGGCGCAGGAGAAGAUCGCGGAAAAGCGUUUCUAUUUGGGCGGCGCAGAACACACGCUCUUUGGGCAUCUCUCUUCUCUCUUGUAGGCCAGUACAAGGAAGAGAAGCAGCAUUUAAUUCCCGCUUGACAUCGGUAACACACACACACACCCACAAACUGGAGCUCAUAAGUAAUUAAGUACUCUCGCUGCAGCGAGACCCACCGCGCUUGUUGAACGUUGCAGAGCGGCGUUAGUCGUACGAGGCCGUUCAAAUAAACAAAAGAGAUUAGUUUUCUACUCUGCUCCUCCUUUGGGUUGGUGUAGUUGUACCUGGUCUCCUUUGCUUUCUUUUUCUGAGCACCGCUUCUCACGUCGUUAUUUUUAUUGUUCGUUUGUUUGCUGCCUUCACCCCUGCACAUCGUUGCGGCGUGCUGCCUCUUCACUUUCUGCCAUGGACUUCAACCCUAUUAGCAUUGAGGAAGAGGAUGGCCACACUCAGCGUCCGAACGGCGUGGCUGUUCCCCCCAUUCAAGGCAGCCGCGGCAGCUCUGGCAUCUUAAACGCGAAUUCCACCUUCGGUGAUGCCCUGCGCAUGUGCCACAACGCCUUCUACUACCACACCAGCUGGUCGGUGCCCUACCCCGAGGUUCCCGCAUCCCCGAUGCUCUACUACCCGGACGAGUACCGACGCCUGGUUGACUCGCCGGCGCCGCUGGGCGUCAUGCAGUCGGAGCUGGAUGCGAUGCAGAUGGGCGUGCUGGACAGCAUCCCACUCGCUUACUACCCACUGAACCCAACUGCCAUCGAGGAGGCGCGGCUGGCGAUGCAGCGCAACUUGCUAAAGAAGAAGCGGACGGAGGCUGCGGCGACAACAACCGCAGCAACGGAGGCGUCGCCCACCACCAACGUGGCAGCGGCGGCGGCAGCGCGGCACGGGCUUCGAGGGCGGCUGGCACCGGGUGACGCCGAAAUUGCACGCAUCAUCGUGGACCCGAACGAGAUCCAGAUCCGCAAUUUGCCUUCCCUGACCCAUGUCCAGCGGCCCCUCUACACGGAUAUCGGUCUCGUUCCGCAGGAAGACCGCCAUGCGGCGCGUGUGGCACGCACCCAGCCAAAGGAGAGCAAGCCGGUUACCGCCGCGGUGACGACGGCGGACAUGCUGCGGCAGUGGCGCUUGGAUGUGCAGGCAUCGUUCCAGGAGGCGGGUCAGGUCGACGCGGGAUUUGCGCGCUUCAUUGCGGAGGUGGCGCAUACGAAGUUGGGGCUGGACCGCACGAACCCGCGUCACUUGCACUUAACGCGUGCCCUGUGGAGUCGUCUUUUCCAGGGCACGAGAAGGGAGCAGCAGCAUAAGGUGUGGUACGCGCUGUGCCGCUUCUCCUCCACCUUCGACGACACCCGCGCCCCGGAAGCGGCGGUGGCGCAGAUGCGUCUGGAUCGGGAGUCGCUGAAGCUGCCGCAGUACGCGGCGAGUUGGUUCCCGCUUCUGAAGGAGUACGCGGAGGCCGUCCGCGACUACGCCGCUUCACUCGCAGGUGGCGUCGAGCAGCGCCGUGAGAACCUGCAAUUUCACGAUAAGGAGCUCGAUGAGCUAUACAGCGGCAACGUGUACACGAACAUCGAGCUGGACGGCAAGCUAGUCCGCACCAGCGCCGACCGCCAGAAGAGCGCCAUCUACCCGGUGGAGGUGUUGCCGGUGUACCCGAGCGGGUAUCAGCGGGCAGCGGAGAUGGGGCCGACGGUGCUGCGGCUGCAGGACGCAGAGGCGUUAGAUUUCCUCGCCGAGCGCGAUGCUUCACUGCACCACGUUAUACUGCCGGAUGCCGUGCUGCCAAAGUCUGCGCUGCGCCGUCCACACAUGUUGGUGGGUGACUGCAACUUGUUGGUUGCAGAGGAGGGCGACUUCAGCAGCGUACAGCCCGGCUCGACCUUGUGCUACGGCGUGUCGGAGGAGAACGCCUACCAGUCCCUCCAGAAGGAGCCUCUCAACACGGCGAGUUACCUGUUGCGCCUCGAGCAGACAGUGGCGGAGGCGGCGCAGCCGCUUGGCACGAACUACGACGGCCGAUACGUGGCGUACGACCGCAUUGGACACCGCGACAUUUACCAGAAGACAAACAGCGCGGAUAGCAGCACCCUGUCGCGGUACGUCGUCAUGUUUGCGGACGCGCCGGUGCAGGGUGGCACGGCGCCUGCUGCUGCUGCUGCGGCGGAUAUAGUGGAUGCUGGCGUAUCUCCCGCAGGGGCGAAGCGGGAGAGGGAGGGGGUAGGCGCCACCGCUACCGCCGCAACGGACGACGACGCAGGACCUGCCUUUCAAGUUCCACGGAUGGAGUUUUAA